CGUUCAGUAGUGUCUGAAUCAGCCACAGGCCAAUCACCCGAUCAGCACCGCGCACCCUGAUUGCUGGAUUUUUGACCUUGGAAGGCCACGUUGCCAUUUUGGCGCUCGCAGUGGAACUCUCGAUUGACCAACCCAUCACUUACUUGCCAGGGUGGGCAGUUCCACUAUUACACGCUCUCGUGCAAUUGCAUGCAAGGUCGACAAUGUUCACUGGCAUUGCAUAUGUCAUCUACAACACCCUCACCUGAGGCAGCCGUCAUGUUCGCCUCCUCAUCUCUCGCGUCAAGUCCACGCUGGCGACACCAUGUUGGCCAAAGACGACGCCGACCCCCGUCGUGACGGCGGCGGCGGCGAAUCACAUUCCCAAGAUGAGACUGAGCCUGCGAGACCGAACCCUUCAUGGAUGGGCCUUGCCCUUCUCCAAGCCAUGGCGGCCGUCGACGUGGCAACCACCUCAAGGCCGCGGCAUCUGGAGAUCCUGUCGACCUGGCUCCUGACCCUCCCCCUGUGCAUCUGGAGCGCCCCCCAUCUCAACAUUCCUGAGCACGGUAAAGGCGGGAAGCAGCUGUGGAGGAAGACACGCUGGCUUAUUGUCGGCCUUGUGGCGCUCGAAAUUAUCGCCUUCAUAGCCUUGUUGCAGAGGUCCGAACAAAAGAAACCCUGCGCAAGCAUGGUGAACGGAUCGGACGCAGAGACAGAGCUAUGGUCACCUGUGGCAAAGCCUAGCAUGUGGAGACUUUUGGUCCUGCUGAGCAUCAACCCACCAGGUGUUGAGGAUGACCCGUCAGACAGGUCACGGUCGAUCGAACUCGAAAGGGCCAGCUCCCACAAAUUCGCCCCUCGAGGGGGGCGGGCUGCUGGAGACGGGUCACAUACGGUUCACGACUACAACAAAUGGAGCCCGACAGAGUCCUUGUAUCAAAUCGAUUAUCUCGCCGAGACGUUACCCACCUAAACAUGGAUAACACUCGGAGCACCUCUCUGCAGAACAAUCCACCCCACCCCCUCAAAAGAUGGCAACGGCGUUCGGCGGCGACGCAACCAGGCCCGGGUGGUUUAGGGGCGCCGAGGUUAGCAGGAAGCUGUAGCGGCCCGUCUUGCGGCAGUACUCGCCCAGCGCCUUGAGGUCCCAGAGCUCGCCAAUCGGCGUGCCGAACAUGUUGAGCAGGUACGGGUGUAGGACUAGCGGGUUUCCGGCCGGCGCGUCGCCCAGCGACCCGUCGGCAUUGACGGAGGGCAGGGCCUCGAACCCGUGCGCGUCGCCCGCGACGGCUG